AUCUUGUUUAUGACAGGAAGACUCGUGGUAUGGGAGCUGGGCGCAAGCUCAAAACACAUAGGAGGAGAUAAAAAUGGGCUGACAAAUCAUAUAAGAAGAGCCAUCUUGGAAAUGAAUGGAAGAAACCAUUUGCAGGUUCUUCCCAUUCCAAGGGAAUCGUUCUUGAGAAGAUUGGAAUUUGAAGCUAAGCAGCCCAACUCUACUAUUCGUAAGUGUGCGAGAGUUCAAUUGAUUAAGAACGGAAAGAAGAUAGCAGCAUUCGUCCCCAAUGACAGUUGCCUUAACUACAUUGAGGAAAAUGAUGAAGUUUUGAUUGCUCGAUUUGGCCGUAAGGGUCAUGUUGUUGGAGAUAUUCCUGGAGUCAGGUUCAGGGUCAUGCAAAAAACAGCCUUGCAUGUAGAUGUAUCCUCCUAUAUAGUUACAUAA